UUUUAUUUUAACGUAACAAUUUAAUAGAAACCGUGCAUUGCACGGGCUAAAGUCUAGUAUAAUAUAUAAAAGGAAUAUAUAAGAUUAAUUAAUUUGUUGGUAUUUUCCUAAUUCAAAUCAAUUUAGAGACAACAUGAUUGAUUGGUGGCUAUAAAUACGACACAUAUCAAAGAGCUUUACAUGUAAAAUUCGUUUGGUUUUUACUUUUUCCCAUUAGUUGAAUGGAUGCCGUAAAAAUUACAUCUCUGUAUCAAAGGGCAAGGAAGAUAAAAAGCAAGGAAGAAGAAGCACAACAAGUUGAGGAUCAGGAUGUGGUUGUUUAUUUACCUGAAGAAGUGAUCUUUAACCUCCUGCUUCGGCUGCCGGCUUCAGUUCUUAAUAAUGUGAUGAGGUAUAUUUGCCGAACAUGGUAUGAUAUAAUCUCGAGUCCUGAUUUCCGGAGAGCACACUUUGAGCACUCUACACAUAAAGGUACUAGUCCCGGCUUCUUAUUCGUCCAACAAAAUGUUCGUAGUUCAUAUGUCAGCUUUGUGCAACCGAUCUCGACGUCUGGUGCAGUUAAGGUAAGCAAUAUAAGUUUUCCAUGGGGAUCAUCCUUAGAUGUAUGGGACAGUUAUGAUGGCCUAUGUCUUAUUUACAACGGGGGCCUUAUUAGUAAUAGUAGAUAUAGAGAUAACUUCCAUGUUUUCUAUCCCACCACAAAUCAAUACAAAAGUUAUUCCCACCCGCCACCAUAUUCUGGAGGUGAUCCUUAUGAUCUGAGAUUAGCUCGUUCUUUGUCAAGAAAGUAUAAAUUAAUCUACCAGAACAAGUACGAGAAAAUUGAUAAUAAUAGUGUUGCUAUACUCCAUAUACUCGAUAUUGGGAAUGAUUUUACCAGUUCUACUUGGCGAAUACUACCCCUAGAAAUUGGCGGUGAGAGGAGUGUCCUUCAUUAUGAGAUAGUAAAUAUUGGGGCAGGGGUUGUACAUGUUUUGAUGUGCAACCUUGAGCCACUUUAUUAUCUUGUUGAAAUUGAUUUAGAGACUCAAGUGGUUAACAAGAUUCCUAAUCCUCCUUGCUAUCGUCAAGGAGUAAGACCAUUUUUUCCCAAAGGGAGACACCUUACUGCCCUCCAUUACCAUAAUACCAUGAAUGAGCUUAAUGUGUGGACUCUCAGUAAAACUACUCGACACGACUCAGCAACCUGGAGUUGGACCAUGCUUUGCAAUAUUAACUUGGAAAAUGCUACUAGUCUACGCCAACCUUGUGAUGUUGAACCGUUAGCAUGGUUCAAGCAUGGUAACUUAUUGAUUUUUGGUUCUUUGGAGGAAAGGAAGUAUGUUGUUUUGGAUGUUAAGACUGCAAAAACUACUUCUUUCUCAAUGUCUCCAGCGUUUCGUUGGCCAUUGCCUACCUUGGUUCCCUAUGAAAGUCUUUUUGCUUAGAACGUAACAAUGUUGAUUUCUUUUUAUAGCUAGCUAGGUCACAACUGUAAUGUAACUUUCCCUUUAUAUUUUUAUACAUCAUCACAACGAUUACACUUGAUUUGUUUUACAUUGUUAUGGAAACCAUGGUUGUCUACUAAAUAUCUCUUUUUCAUCGUGUUACUAACAACAUAGAGUCAUAGACAGAGAAUCUAUCAAUAUUGCAAGUUUUGUGGCAAAACGGACACAAUGACUUGAGAAUCUAAAUAUACAUAAUUAGUCAAAUACGUAGUAUAAUAAUUGUGAACAUAUAUAAUAUUAGAAUUCUGUCGCAGAGUCCUACUGUAUUUUAGAAACUGAUAAUAAAAUUUGUCGGAGACAAACCACUUAAUAUGGUAAGAGGUGAGGAGGAGAGUAAACAAGGUGAUUAACUUUUAAGCAUGGGUGUGAAGAUUUAGGUGCUGGUGAGUUGCAGUUUCCUGAUAACAUGUUGUCAAGAAAAAAUGUUGUUUUAGAAGAAUCAAGUACUCGUUCUCUUAGACGGCUUAGUUCACUGCCACCUCAGCCAAAUAAUGGUGCAUUGAGCAGAAGAACUUCUAAUGAGGGAACAACAAGGUCCUCAACUUCUUCUCCUAUUCCAUGGAGGGAAAGCAAAAGUGCAGAACCUUCUGUCCGAAAGGAGCAUGGAGACUUCCAUUCAUAUUGCCAUAUUGGGAUAAGAUUAGGAAGUUAGAUGAUCGGGUGAAAGAGUUGGAUAGUCUCAAGGUCUCUUCUAAUAGUGCCCCUUCAACUGAGGCUACGAAGAAAUGUGCAAUAAUGUCGCAUCCCUCCCCAGAGAAUUUUCCUGGAAAAACAAAUGUUGUUGAAUCCCUUGAAAAAGUAGUGAGUGUUCAACCAUGUGAAAGUUCUGCUUGCUCGAAUACUGCUCAGGAUAUCUAUGAAGUCCCUAUAUGCUCUUACAUUGACAGUUCUAAUAUUAAGAAAGAAAGCUACAAUGUAACUUUGGAAGUGAAACUAGGAAUGGUAAACUAGAUUUGGUUUGGGGUGAGAUUUGAAAGUCUGAUGUCAAGGAACCGUUGCUAUCACCAGAGAGUGCCAAAAGUUCUAAGAAAAGCGAUUCUAAAGAUAAAAUUGAUUGGGAAAAGAAGCCAUUGCUGUCACCAGGUAGCAGUAAUGAAUCACCUAAAUUAAAAGAUCGCAAGACCGAUAAACCAUUGCUUUUCAAACACCCAACACUAGGCGGCGUUGCUGAUUUUGAACUUCAGCAGUUUAAUAGAAGACUUAAGCAACUUGAGGAUCAGAGGUUUGUAACAAGAGGCCAUGAAAUGAACUCUGAAAAAGCUGAAGAAGAAGAAUUGAGAGUAUGCAGGCUGAGAUAACUCGCUGGGGGGUUAAGAAGCCUUUGCCAGCAGAAAGUCGUUCCCCUGGUUGCCUUAAAGAGGUGACCCUGUGCUUCUGGCCUUCAUAAAGAAAUCCUCAGACAAUCAUGGUACAGUUAUUUCUGUUCCAUUUUUUCUUCUUCUAUAGAAUUGGUACCGGGAACAGAAUGCAAAACAAGUCAUAGAAGAUUAAUGAAAGGUGUCUUCAGUCUUCUGUUUUCUUCCUAAGAUGAGGCUGCAUAAUUUCUGUAGAGUGAAUGUGUGAUGAGUUGAUCGAGUUCCUAAGUACAUAUAUUAUGUAUAGUUCCCCCAUUCAGGCGUGUUUCUUUUGUGCGUACGACCACAUAUAUAGCCCGCUCCUUGGUAUUGUUUUUCCAUCUCAAACAGAUUUGGAUAUACAUGUGUUAAUGAUUGUAAGUUUGUAACAACACUAUAAUCUUGUAUUUGUGACAGUUCGAUUUUGGAGAGGAUUUAGCCCUAUAAUCUUGUAUUUGUGACAGUUCGAUUUCGCUCCUUUCACCAGAGAAAACAACAUAUCUUAACUUCAUUUUCCUAAAAAUUUAUCCAACUUUUUGUUGGUUGCAAGAACAAAAGUGUUAACAGACCGUUUGGUAGCCGACCAUAAAUAAUGUCAAUUGGAAUGAAUUUGUAUGUAAAUUUGUGAAACUAGGAAUGGUAAACUAGAUUUGGCUUGGGGUGAGAUUUGGAAGUCUGAUGUGAAGGAACUGUUGAUAUCCCCAGAGAGUGCCAAAAGUUCUAAGACAAACGAUUCUAAAGAUAAAAUUGAUUGGGAAAAGAAGCCAUUGCUGUCACCAGGUAGCAGUAAUGAAUCCCCUAAAUUAAAAGAUCGCAAGACAGAUAAACCAUUGCUUUUCGAACACCCAACACUAGGCGGCGUUGCUGAUUUUGAACUUCAGCAGUUUAAUAGAAGACUUAAGCAACUUGAGGAUCAGAGGUUUGUAACAAG